AGUUGCCGGUUGUCUUUGAAGGAUUAAACACGUAACGAAACGCUAAAGAGAAAUUUUUAAAAAAUUUUUAUAAAAUAAAACGAAAAAUAAAAAGCAAAGUAAACAGAAGGAAAUAAAAACAAACGAGCGCGUAAUUUUUGAAAAAAAAAGAAAAUUUUUGAAAAAAGAAAUUAUAAAAAAAGUGAAAUUUAUAUUAAAACAAAUAAUUAAUUGUAAAUUGAAAGGAAAACCAUAAAUUAAUAUUACAGAUUAAAAUCUAGUGUAAAAUAAUAAUAAUAAUGUAUUAAAAGUAAAGCCUAUUUUAAGGCAAUUUGAUAAUCUAAAAUUCCGGCAAAAACUUGCAAACAGUUCCUUUAAUAACCUUAAAACAAAACAGCUAAACAACACAGCAUUUGCCAAAAAAUGCAAUUACCUAAAAAUAUGCCACGAAAAUGUGUGAUGCUGUUGCUGUAAAUGAUGAUAAACACAGUAAUGAGUCGUCUAUAGAAAAUAAUAAUUUCGAUAGAAAAGCAGAGGACAACCAGCAACUGGAGAUUAUACCAACAAGCACACAACAAAAACAACACCUUGAUAACUCUUUGAAAAACUCUAUUUACGAUUGGGAUUCACCGAGCUCUUGUACAGGCACUGUCAAAAGAAGACCACAUACUAUAGCCAACUUUGACUGUAGUCGUUCAACGUUUAGAAAAACCGCCAAAAACAAAACCAUAGACAAUACCACAAACAAUAAUGUUCAAGCUAAAUGUCAAAACAAUAGAGAGCUUAGGCCACAGCAGUCAACAGCAAAAGUAGGAGCUGUAAGGCGUCAAACAAUUCAUAAUAUAAUAGGCAACAGAAUUCCAGCAUUAGCAACGAAAACCUCCCCUUCAGCAAAUAUGCAAAAAUCUUCACGUUCCAGCAGUAGUAGCGGCAAUAAGGAGAAGCCUCAAAAAUUACGUCUAAACAAAACAUCAGAUCGUAAUGCCAAUUCUACCUCAAAUUCACCCACCCACAAUGCAUCAACAGUUAAAACACAGGCAUCAGUCACCGCCCCAACAGCAGCAGCAGGAGAAGGGAGAGGAGGCACCAUACUUAAGUCUUCUCAUAAAAGAUCUAAAUAUUCACAAAAUGAAAGCCAUAGUUCAGGUUCUACUCUAUAUCAAGAUGAAAACUACAUGGAAUUUGAGUUUUUCCAAAGAGAAAUACCCAAUCGUCAAAUGCCUCAAUUUACGGAACUAUUUAGAGACUUUCCCGUGAGUUAUGAGACCACUACUUUAGCCUUACAAUCUUCUACACUGCCCGCCAAGCCGCCUCCCUAUAGAGAGCCCCCACCACCCACGCCACCGCCUUUGUCGCAAUUACCUUCCCGGAAUUUAAGAAAUAAUGAAAACUCUCAAUCCUGCCCCUCCACUCCUUUUCGCGGCAAAGUAGUUUUAAGUAAAAAAGAGCGCAAGGAAUUGAGUAAACUUAAUAAGCUGCAGGAUACCGCCUGUUCCAAUUCCACCUCUAAUAUAAGAGGUUUUGAGGGAGCCUCCGACUCCCCGGCCGCUAGUGUACAAUCGAGUCCCUAUAAAGGUCGCGUAACGGAAUUGAAAAAUUGUAUAGCACGCAUUAACUCUAAGGGAUUGUUUGCCUCUCUGCACCGCAAUUCACAUAAAUCGCUCAACAAUGCAACAUCCAACACAGAAGAGCAAACCACCUCCUCCUCCAAUGAAAUCUCACCGCCACCUCCAGCGCCAGACAAUAGCCCUCCCGGUUCUAAUGCCUCCAAUAACAAUGAUGCCGAUUACACUGAGAAAUUGAAAAACUUACCCGUUAGACAAAGAAAAGCUCAUACUUCUCACAUGGAUAACUAUUGUCUCUUCGAUCCCAUGGAUUUUGUUAAUGAAAAAGCUUUGAGAAGAAGAACCCAUGAUACCUUAAACAUGGACUUGCCUUUGCCGCAACAACAGCAAGGUUUAAGAGAUCCACUUUUUAGUUCAAGGCAAAAUUUGGAUUUUAGUGAAGAGGAACUAGUGCCCGAGGUAAUAUAUGAUGAGGAAAAAGAGGGGGAGGAGGAAGAUCCCGAAGAUGAGGAAUUGGAAGUAGAAUUACCACCGCAACGCAAUUUUGAUCAUCAUAAUUAUUUUGUCAUAGAUCCAGAGGAUUUUGAGGAAGAGCCGUCGCUAGAUAUAGGCAUACCCAAUCCUUAUACCAAUGAGCAAUUAGUGCAGGCGAAUCUUAUAGCUCAUACCCAGCAUACCUAUGUCAAUAAUCCUGCGGAAUUUAAGGCUUCCGAAUCUUUGGAUAAACUCCUAAAUGCCUUUGACUCUGCCCCCUCCAUGACCAAUAGUCAGGAAAGUAAAGAUACCAAUACACACUCCACUACCACUACCACUUCGACAGCUUUAGUGGAAUCAUCUACUUCCACUAAUUCCAAUACCUCUUCCACCUCUAAUACUUCUUCUCAGACUACACUACAAAGAACAAAGAAACGUUUAACAUUCCUCAAUCUCUCGCCCUUUCGUUCGCACAAGUCUGAUAAAGAUAAAAUAAUGUCGUCACAAGCCACGCAAGUCAAACCCGAACGUGCCAUGUCGGAAUUGGUCACCUCGGAGCAUAUGUUUCAUUUGCAACGUAUGCUGUUGAGUGCCGAUAAUGUUUUGAAUGAUACACGCCCGAUUAAUGAAAAUAUCGAAUUGAAUUAUGUUUUAUUUAAUCCGGGACCGGUACCUAGUCGUAAUGUUCAAUAUAAGAUACGUAAACCGCGUCCUUUAUCGUCGCAUAGUGAUGCAGAUAGUGGUUUCUUAAGCCCCUGCUCACCGGAUGAAUUCUCGUCGAUGAAAUUUAAUCCCGCCUUGUUGGUGCUGCAGCAGUGUGACAGUGUUCAAGGAUAUAUUGAG